AAAUACUCAAGGUUAAAAAACAAGAUCACAGAUGUUCAUGCAUUAAUACAGGAUGGAUUCCAAAAAGUGGUCUCUGAAACCAAGGCCAGUCUUAGAGCAGGUCGUUCAGGAGAUAAGCAACGAUCUGGCCGUACCAGGGACCCAUAUUGAGCUGGCGUCUGAUGUUCGGUCAGAACAAAUCGUUAAUUUCCUCGCCAUCUAUUUCUACCCCGAUGUAAACAUCGAUCGGGCCAUCGGGUUAGUCAUCGACGAUUGGAUGAAAAACGCCCUUCGGUCACACUACGUUGAAAAUCUUUCGCUACUUCUUAUUGAUGACGCAACUGAUGAUGUCAUUGGCACGAGGACUAUAAUGAUAAGCCACAAAGCCGAUUAUCCCAUCACGAAUAUCAUUAAAAAUAAGGAGAGUAAAUUGAUUUUUGAUUUUUUGUUACAAAAACAUGAUGAAAUGAAUGUGUUUGAGCACUAUGGCGUGAAUACCGUGUUCAGGUUUGUGAAUCUUGGAAUAAGACCGGAUUACCGGUGCCGCGGGUUGGCGUCCAUGCUCAUGGAGGCGGGUGUGCGAUUCUGUUCCAAAGUCGGUCCCUCAGACGCUUGUAUCUGGGGGGAGGCGACUUCAAACGCCUCCCAAAGGAUUUACGAGAAGUGCGGAUUUGAAACUUUACAUACGUUAUACUACGAUGAUUACAAAGUGGACGGUGAAAUUGUUUUUAAAGACAUGGGGGAAGAUAAAAGCACAAAGGUUUACGUAAAGAAACUUUGAUAAAAGAUCUCAACCAAUGUGCACAUUCCUUUAUCUAUCAACGUUGUAUUGUUGAAGUAGAUUGUUGCUGACCAUUCUGUACAUUUAUUAUAAAAAAAUGUAUUAAAAUUAUAAAUUUCACUUGUUAUUUAUUGAAAAAAACAUGUAGUUACAUAUUUGAUUCGUUCAACAAAUAAACAAUUUAUUUGUAUUUUUUCAUUUUAAUGAACUAUUAUCAUAUCUCGACCUUAAAUUAUUAUUGAUUUCCCUUUUUUGUUUUGGGUGAAUUAUAACAAUACAGCAAUAUAUUUAAAUGCAUAUUAUACACUAAAAUAAAUUUCAUUAGGAAACAAAAAAAUACUAAUUUAUUUUCUAACGCCUUUAGAAGUUCCUUAAUAUACCUGUCUAUUGAUUAGGUUGACAAUCAGAGCUGUAAUUGGAGCCAAUAUUUCACGCACAUUAUUCAAUAUCAUACCCUGUAACGAGUGUUUUAAGGAAAUAUUUUUUGUAGGAAAAAUAUAAUCUGAAAACUUAAACUGUUCAACCAUUUGAAUGCAUGUUUUCUCGGAUGGUAUCAGAAAUCAAAGAAAGAAAAUGGCUCAUUUCAGCAAAUCACCCAGCACCGUAAUGUUGGAACAGUUGUAUGAAAUGAGAAAGUCAAUGGUACAAGACAAAUCAGGCGGUCAAACCUUGGCGAAGAAGAAAAAUGGACGAGAUUCGACGGAUAAAAACACAACUACUUCCUCGCAGACGACACUUAGCGAAUCUGACCUAAUCCAGUCUGUAAAGCUGUCUUCAAGCGCCACCAGUGAACUAAGACUAAGUUGUGACCUGAGCGAACCUGUAGCAUCUGACGACGAUGAUUUUGAAGAAGAUGACACUGCAGACGAUGUAAACAGGUUUUCUUUCUUGCAAACAGAGGAGGACUCUCCGCGCUGCGCUAAUACAAUUGAACAACAGGAAAAAUAUGACAUGCUGUACUCACAGAAACAAUUGAGUGAGACCGACCUUAUUCUUAACGCCAAGCUAACAGACGACGGGACACAGAAAACCGUAAUAUCCAGCGAAAAGCUCGCAUCGGGUGCAGAUGAACCCCGAUGGAACUGGCUUAACCUACCAGGGGAAGAAGAUGGUUGUAAGACACCGGUCAACUCGGACGACGGUCUUCCGAAUGCCGGCGCUGUCCCAAGAUCAGCACCAUCUCCUGCACAAAGCGACUUGUUAGAACUAACAAACGACCUUUCCACGGAUGCUGAUUUCAAACAUUUGAUCACUGAAGUGGUUGUAAAGCUGGAUGAUUGUUACAUGGAAGAAAUUUUAUCAAUAUUCAAAGGGACCUGGUUCUACGAGGAAGGCCUCCUCGCGGACUUAACCACGCCGGCCCAGGUUUUAUCUCGGCUGCAGAGGUUUCGUCUAUUCAGUCGCGACAACCUCCACCUCCUGCAGGCGCUCAUCAUGCGUCUGGAUGACACCGAUCUCUACCUUCACGCCGUCCGGUACAUCCGCCACCGACAUGACACGGUCUACUUUUACCCGGAACUGGAUACACUUCCCCGUGGUUUCGGCGUGAUCCGUUGCUUGGUAAGCGGACGUGACUUCACGAGACUGAGUCGCGAGGAUUUGGAGCUCGUGCGAUUCAAGGUUACAAGUGUUCUCUUCCUGGGAGCCAAAGACGCUUACAUCGUAGGGAUCGAACCCGGCCCACGGGUUUCAGUGUCCCUCAUGCUGCCCGAGCGCUACGUGCAGGAAGUUGCCGAGAUGGCACGAGAGGGACUUCCAGAGCUCAGCUUGGCCGGGAUUGAGGCUGUUCAGGUGGGCUGCCGUACGUUCGAGACGCUAGGAAAGGACGCCAUGGUCAGCGCGGUUGGUCACGACCAUGUGAAAUUUCUCAGCGUCUACCAGCAGUUGAGGGAUCGAACUAAGCGCUUGGAGGAGCGAGACCGCGAGGUGGCGGAACUCCGCGAGGAGGCCCAGUUCAUGCAGCUAGAACUCGGCACGCUCGGUGCGGAGCUAGAGAUGCUUACACAGCGCGCUUUGCACGAGUCGAUUGGCUGCAACCCGCCCCGUCGGCUCGCUAGGCCUGACAGACACACUAAACCCCGUCGGCACAGAACUUGGUCGUUUCCGCUUCCGGACCGUGAUGGCGACAGAGGUUAUCGUGGGGUCACACUCCAAACCGCUGUCUCCAGUCUUCCGUUUGGUGAUAGAGUCCAGUAUGAUCGCAUCUUGCCGAACCUCGGUAAAGUCCACUAUAAAGGAAAAGAAAUCGUUCCUUCGAAGGGCAAUUGCUCUUCGGAUGACAAACUCUGUAUAGAGAACAAAGACUUAGAAAAUACUACUGGGGUAGAUUCCCUUGCUGUGUUUGAUCCUACGGUCAAGAAAAUAGCAGAAACCAACAUAAUAAUGUCCGAAAUACAGGGACUUAUUGAUGAACUGGCUUUUGUACAGGCUUUUAUGAAGAGAGACUGAAUUAUGCAUUGGUAUUUGUUGACACUUUUAAAUGGUUUGUGUUUUAACUUUGAAGUGAUGUAAUUAAAAAUAUGGCAGGCUACAAAAUGGGAUUACCUUAUUAUUAUUAUUAUUAUUAUUAUUAUUAUUAUUAUUAUUAUUGUUAUUGUUAUUAUUAUUAUUAUAAUUAUUAUUAUUAUUAUUAUUAUUAUUAUUAUUAUUAUUAUUAUUAUUAUUUUAUUAUUUAAAAAAAAAAUUAUUAUCAUUAUUAUUAUUAUUAAUAAUAUUAUUAAUAUUUUUAUUAUUAUUAUUAUUAUUAUCAUUAUUAUUAUUAUUAUUAUUAUUAUUAUUAUUAUUAUUAUUAUCAUCAUCAAUAGCACAAAAAAUAAGGGAAACUUGAAUCGCCAGUUAUUAAGCGAAUUGGUUUGCGUUUGGGUUAGUUUAGUUUUAUGCACAUGUAUUGUUUGCCAUAGUCUAAACUCAAAUUGCACUGCAUGUAUUGCGUUUCGCUUGUAUGUACAUUAUUG